AUGAUCAACAUCUCUAAGGUACAAGUUACUGAUGAUGAGUUAACGAUCCUAAAUAAAGGACUCUCUUAUUGCCCUCAGCAGGACUAUGAUCAUUUAGAACUACAAAAAGAUUUAUAUCGGUUUUUUAGGACUAUUAAGCUCAAAAGUUUCUUUACAAAUGUAUCCCAUUCUUCUCCUGAUACAGCAGUGAGUAAUGUUGAUAUGAAUGCUGUGCAAAGGUUAAAGCUAAAAAGUUUUGGGUUAUUUAACAAGAAAAAAAACACAAGUGUAAAAAACAGCACAGUAUUGGAAGAAUUCUAUCUAAAAACAUUUAAUGUAUCUGAUAAAGAACAACUUGUGGUUGUCAUUGGGGUUUUGCUGAUGUAUUUACUGGCUGUACUCGGAAAUGUCACUAUUGUCACACUUGUAUCUCUGGUGUCCCAGCUGCAAUCACCAAUGUAUUUAUUCCUGUGCAGUUUAUCAGUACAAGACAUCAUGUACGUAUCUGCUAUUUUGCCAAAGCUGUUGGCCAUCACUAUCACAGGUGACACCAGCAUAACGUUCUCAGGCUGCAUUACACAGAUAUUUCUAUUUGCAUUUUGCAUUGCUUCUGAGUUUUUACUGCUGACCUCCAUGGCUUACGACCGCUAUGUGGCCAUCUGUAUCCCACUGCAUUAUCCUCUUAUCAUGAGCAAAACGGUGUGUGCUCUGCUUAUCACUGUGUCUUGGUUUGGUGGACUCUUGAAUGCAUCUGCUUUCUCUUUGAUAGCAUCUCAUUUAACCUUCUGUAAUAAACAAGAAAUCAACAAUUUCUUCUGUGAUGUAAUAAUAUUACUGAAGCUCUCGUGUAGUGACAUCACAUAUAUUAUGACUUUGUUUAUACCAUUAGAAGCCACAGCAUUGGGUCUGUUACCAUUUAUACUUAUAAUGACUUCCUAUAUCUAUAUCAUAUCUACCAUCCUAAAGAUCCGAUCAUCAUCUGGAAGACUGAAGACCUUCUCCAGCUGUUCUUCCCAUCUCACAGUUGUUGUACUCUUUUACGGAACUUCUAUUAGCUUGAACAUGAAACCUAAGUCGGAAAAUUCUCUGGAAAUAGAUAAACUACUAUCCAUAAUUUACACUGGCAUGGUUCCCAUGGUAAAUCCGCUGGUUUAUAGCCUGAGAAAUAAAGAGGUUUUGAAGGCCAUGAAAAGUUUUUUGAAAAAGUUUCAGUAG